CUGUAGUUGGUCCAAAUCGAUCCUUUACUUAUAACUCUCUCAUUUAUUCAGGGUCCAGGCUGCUAUCCCAUCUCAAUAUAGGAUGCGACAAAACCUUCACAGUUCAUUCUGACCUAGAGCAAUCGGUCAAACAGCUUACGGUGGUUACAGUUGUCACCAUACUUUUUCUUUGCUUUUUCUUUUUUUCUUCCUUUUGCUUUUUUCCUUAUUGGCACCUUACGGCCUUCCUUCUCCUCUAUUCUUACCUACUUGCUAGGCUAUUGCUAUAUGGUUCAUCAUCAGUCCUAACAAAUGACGACCGAUUCUUCAGCAAUUAAACGCCUGCACAUCACUCCCUUCACCGCAGAACUUCUUCCCUCCAUAUUAUCUUCAUCCGUUCGGCCCUUAGCCACAGAAAUCUCCUUCCACGGCAUCCCGACGUUUCCGGAGAACAAUUACGGCUACGUGACGCUACCAGCGAUGGAGGCGGAUAAAAUUAAGAAGAAGCUCAACGGUUCAAUCCUCAAAGGUCGAAAGUUCAAGGUGGAUGUAGCUCGGCCACCUAAAAGACAGAGGGACGAAGGCGAAGGCGAAACUGAUAAGGCAGCUUCUAAUACAGUAUCGCCGUCAAGCAAGAAGUCAAAGAAACGAAAGGAUGCCGGAAAUGUUUUAGAGGGAUAUGAGCUUCAAACAGAUCGCCAAGUAAAGAGAGGCUGGACAGAGUCAACAAGCUCCUUGAAAGAGAGGCGCAAGGAGGAGAAGAGAAACAAGAAGAAGGACGAUAGAACAGGAAAGUUGCAGGCGAAAUCCAAGUAUACGGAGAAGGCAGAAUGUUUGUUCCGAACAAAAAUCCCUCCUAACAGAGCCUCGUCUGCUGAGGUGGAGCAAGACAAACAGUCGAAGAAGAAAAAGAAAAAAUCUUCACAGGAGUCUGUUGUACAUGAGUUUUCAAAGACUGUUACACACCCGAGUUUCCUGCGGACAGAUAAGGACGGAGCAACGCCUACGUUUUCUUUCGAAGAAGGUAAGGGUUGGAUAGACGAUUCAGGAAACGUAAAAGAACAAGCCAGCGAUCGAAUCAGAAGUGAUCAACACACACCAGGGAAAAUACCAGGGGCAAAGGAGAAACCGAAGUCCAAAACUUUGCUCAAGACUAAGGCAAGCCCUCAAAGACUUGAUGAUGCAAAUGCUGUUGGAGGAGAUGUUGAUAUGAAAGAAUUGGAUGAAUCGGAUGAUUGGACCUCGUCUAGUGGGGCAACGUCUUCCGACGAUAGUGCAACCGAUUCUGAAAGCGAGGCAAGCGUGACAUCCAGUUCUUCAGAUGCAUCAGGUAUCUCCAGUGACCAGGAUGGACAGGGAUCGCAGUCGACGCCCCACGGUGUUGAAAAGAUUUCCGGCCCCGAAGCAAUGGUGGACCAGGGCGUUGCUCAAGCGGAGAAAGAUGAUGAGCCACACCCCCAAGAAGUCCAUCCACUAGAAGCUCUCUUCAAGAGACCCGCACCUGACACCACCGAUGUUAAGCCUGAUGCAGAUGCCAAUGCGCAAUUUAGUUUCUUUGGACAGGGAGACAUGGAAUCCGAGGAAGAAAUACAGGAAGUUGCAGAGCCACAAACCCCGUUCACGAAUAGGGACUUACAAAGCCGUGGACUGAGAAGUGCUGCCCCCACACCUGACACAGCGUUGGCUGGGCGAAACAAAAAGUGGAAUAGCCUAGAACAACAUGAGUCCACGGAUGUGGAUGAUGAGCCUUACACCAAUACACCUGUUCCAAAAUCCAGCUCAGGACCCAGGGAAGAAUCUGAAUUCACAAAAUGGUUCUGGGAAAAUCGCGGAGAUAACAAUCGAGCCUGGAAGAAGAGACGGCGUGAUGCUGCCAAAGAACAGAGACAAAGGGAGAAUAGGAGGAAAGGCAUGAAAGGGAAGUCAUAGGGUUAACAUUCUAGGAUAUAUUUUCUAUAGAACCAUGUGGAUAUCUCCUAGCUAUGUCAAUUGAGAUAUUUGCUGGAAAUAAAGCAUUCCAAAGAUCAAUGUGCAUCAUCCAUAGGUAGAACUGAUAUCAUUAUCACGUGAUGACAAGGACCCAGGUUAUGGGUUUAAGCUUUAUAUCACCGCAACUGAUAACACAUUUAUUCA